ACUCACUUCACUUCUCAAAUUAACUAAACUCACAUCUUUUCAAGAGAAUAAGAAUAUGGAUAAGAAAGGUGAUAGCGGAAAAUCUGGAAACGUAGCACAAAGCAGUGGCAAUGGGUCUGGUCCGGGGAAUAUGGUGGCGCCGGGGACUGGAGGUGCGUUUCAGAUACCUCGAGAUGCUUUUGAAGCCAACACAAAGGCUUAUUUUGACAACCUUCAUGCCAAGGACAAGGCAAAUAAGUGAAAGCUGUUUCAUCGUUUUAAAAGCAUAAUUAAGCACCUGUUUUGUUUAUGCUUCUCUAUAAUGUGAUU